UUUUAAAUACUUUGCUUGUUAUUAUCAGAAAUCCACAUAUUCAAUAAACAUCAGACUCAACGAACAUACGCAAUAAGCUGUCAUCAGACUCAACGAACAUACGCAAUAAGCUGUCAUCAGACUCAACGAGCAUGCACAAUAAACUGUCAUCAGACUCAACGAACAUGCGCAAUAAAUUGUUAUCAGAUUCAACGAACACGCACAAUAAACUGUCAUCAGACUCAACGAACAUGCUCAAUAAACUAUCAUCAGACUCAACGAACACGCACAAUAAACUGUCAUCAGACUCAACGAACAUGCGCAAUAACCUGUCAUCAGACCCAACAAACAUGCACAAUAACCUGUCAUCAGACUCAACGAACAUGCGCAAUAACCUGUCAUCAGACUCAACAAACAUGCACAAUAACCUGUCAUCAGACUCAACGAACAUGCGCAAUAACCUGUCAUCAGACCCAACGAACAUGCGCAAUAACCUGUCAUCAGACUCAACGAUCACGAAUAUAUAUACAACACACUGGCAUGAGGUGCAACGAACACAUACACGACCAACUGUCAUUAGACUUAACGAACACAAACAUACACGACCAACUGUCAUCAGACUCAACGAACACAAACAUACACGACCAACUUCCAUCAGACUCAACGAACACAAACAUAAACGACCAACUGCCAUCAGACUCAACGAACACAAACAUACACGACCAACUGCCAUCAGACUCAACGAACACAAACAUACACGACCAACUGCCAUCAGACUCAACGAACACAAACAUACACGACCAACUGCCAUCACACUCAACGAACACAAACAUACACGACCAACUGUCAUUAGACUUAACGAACACAAACAUACACGACCAACUGCCAUCAGACUCAACGAACACAAACAUACACGACCAACUGCCAUCAGACUCAACGAACACAAACAUACACGACCAACUGCCAUAAUCGUCUUCAUCAAGCACUAUCGAAGCGUCAUAUUGAGUCAAAAGUCAAAAGAAUCUGCGCAUGCGCGUAAAGCGUAUAUGUGGUUAAGAGCGAGUAACUUAACGAAUAGGGAUAAGGCAAUCUCUGCACACACUUGCAUACAAAAUACUCAGAUGACAAAACUAAUUUGUGGUAAGUACUGUAAGGAUCCCUCACUUAAAGAAGGAAUGCACACAGCUAAUGAGUCUCAAACUACAACCCGCAGAUGGUGA